AUGAAACCCGCCGAAUUGGAAGCCAACCGUGAUCGCCUCAAGGAGAAAUGGAAUCCGGACCAACCUAUUGAACACUUCUUCAACAAAGUCACUCAAGUCCGCGCCAUUGCCACCAGAAAUGGAUCUGCCAUCUCUGACGACGCGACUGUCACAUUGUGCCGCAGUGCAUUUGAAGGAGCUGGAGUCUACGGCCAGGCCAUCUUAACCUGGGACACCAAAGCACUCACCGACCACACUUGGACCAACUUCGAACCCCACUUCCUCCUCUACGAAGAAGCGCGCCUUGAAGGUCUCAAAACUGCGAAGCAAGCUGGCUUCCAUGGCGCCAACCAUGUCCUAUACACAGCCACUGGCACCCCUGUCCUGACGCAGCAUACCAACCCAGCCAACAACGAGAAUACUCCACCACCCCUAUGCCACCGCUGCAACAAUGCUAAUGCCACACCACCAUCCCAACAACAAAAAGCAAAGCCCGAAUUCUUAUAUUGCUGGACCCAUGGUCUCACAAAAGGCAAAGCCAACCACACCAGCAAGAAUUGCACCGAACCAACGGAAGGCCAUAUGAAGCAAGCCACCAUAUACCGCCGAUACGGCGGCAGCACCUCAUUCGAUACACUCACCACCCGUACCAACCGCUACCAACAAAGCACCAACGACGGCGCGACUCGACCCGCUUCCACUUGA